CAUCACUGCUCGGUUGACGAUCAGUGUGCGCGCCAAAAUAAGGACCUCUGCUGUCAAAUUCCAUACAAACAUCAACUGUCGUCAGCGUGUUUGGGAAAUUCUGCGUUAAACUUGUAAUAAGCAACAAAUUACUUGUACUUUCCGCGAUAAUCUAAACAAAGGUCAUGGAUGUAGCUGAUGCACAUAUUGGUCAAUUGCGUGUAAAGGAUGAGGUGGGCCUGCGGUGCCAGAAACUUUUUCAAGAUUUCUUGGAGGAAUACAAGGAAGAUGGCGAAAUCAAGUAUGUGAAACCCGCCACAGAUUUGGAGUCGCCAGAUCGCUAUACUUUGGAAGUGUCGUUUGACGAUGUGGAAAAGUACAAUCAGAAUUUGGCUACUACAAUUAUUGAAGAAUACUAUCGUAUCUACCCUUUUUUGUGCCAGUCGGUUUCCAACUUUGUUAAAGAUCGUUGUGGCCUGAAAAACGAGAAGGAAUGUUAUAUAUCUUUCACCGAUGUGCCUACGCGCCAUAAAGUACGUGAUUUAACAACCUCCAAGAUAGGCACAUUGAUACGCAUUUCAGGGCAAGUGGUGCGUACACAUCCCGUGCAUCCCGAACUUGUAACCGGCACUUUCAUGUGUAUAGAUUGUCAAACGGAAAUACGCAAUGUGGAGCAGCAAUUUAAAUUCACCAAUCCAACCAUCUGUCGCAAUCCUGUAUGCAGUAAUCGACGCCGUUUCAUGCUGGAUGUGGAAAAGUCGCUUUUUGUCGAUUUCCAGAAAAUACGCAUACAAGAGACACAGUCGGAGUUGCCGCGUGGUUGCAUACCAAGAUCAGUGGAAAUUAUUUUGCGUUCGGAAUUGGUAGAAACUGUGCAAGCUGGUGAUCGUUAUGAUUUUACCGGCACGUUGAUAGUGGUGCCCGAUGUAGGUGUAUUGAAUAUGCCAGGCGCUAAAGCUGAUACCGGUUCUCGACAUAAGCCGGGCGAUGGGCCUGAAGGUGUAUCCGGCUUAAAGGAGUUGGGCACACGUGAACUCAACUAUCGCAUGUCAUUCUUGGCUUGUAGCGUACAAACAACAACAGCCCGUUUUGGCGGCACCGACUUGCCAAUGUCUGAAGUCACAGCGGAGGAUAUGAAAAAGCAAAUGACUGAUGCUGAAUGGAACAAAGUUUACGAAAUGUCCAAAGAUCGUACUUUGUACAAUAAUCUUAUCACCAGCUUGUUCCCCUCCAUCUACGGUAACGAUGAAGUCAAACGCGGUGUUUUGCUUCAACUCUUUGGUGGUGUCGGCAAGACCACGCAUGAAAAAACAACUUUACGUGGUGAUAUCAAUGUAUGUAUUGUUGGCGAUCCUAGUACGGCAAAAUCCCAGUUUCUGCGUCAAGUUGCCGAUUUUUCGCCACGCGCCGUUUAUACAUCAGGCAAGGCCUCCUCCGCAGCUGGUCUUACCGCCGCUGUGGUGCGUGAUGAGGAGAGCUUCGAUUUUGUCAUCGAGGCUGGCGCACUCAUGUUGGCCGACAAUGGUGUCUGCUGCAUUGAUGAGUUCGAUAAAAUGGAUCCACGCGAUCAGGUCGCCAUCCACGAAGCCAUGGAACAGCAGACAAUAUCUUUGGCAAAAGCUGGCGUUCGUGCUACGUUAAAUGCGCGCACGUCCAUUUUAGCCGCCGCUAAUCCCAUUAACGGCCGUUAUGAUCGUACAAAAAGCUUGCAACAGAAUAUACAACUGUCAGCGCCUAUCAUGUCACGUUUUGACCUAUUCUUCAUACUCGUAGAUGAAUGCAACGAAGUGGUAGACUACGCGAUCGCACGCAAAAUUGUCGAUCUACACUCGCAUAUUGAAGAAUCCGUUGAAUGUGCGUACACGCGCGAGGAAGUGCUGCGAUACAUAACAUUUGCGCGUCAAUUCAAACCAAUUAUUGGACAAGAAGCUAUGAAGCUGCUGGUUGAAAAUUAUGGCCACUUGCGCCAACGUGAUACAGGUAUUGCUGGUCGUAGCACAUGGCGGAUCACAGUGCGUCAAUUGGAAUCGAUGAUACGACUUAGUGAAGCAAUGGCCAAACUUGAAUGUAUGAAUGAAGUGCAGGAGCGACACGUUAAGGAAGCUUAUCGGUUGCUCAACAAGUCAAUUAUACGUGUUGAACAACCAGACAUUCACUUGGACGAUGAUGAGGGGAAUGAAGAUGCAUACAUUGGUGAUGUGGAAAUGGAAAAUAACGCUGCUGUUGUCAAUGGCGCUAACAAUUCCAUCACCACGGAAGGUGCAAAUGGUGAAGACGGCAUUGAGGUGGGUGGUACCCUUUUACAAAAGAAGAAGCUCACGCUAUCUUUUGAAGAUUAUAAAAAUCUAUCCACAAUGCUUGUGCUGCAUAUGCGUAAUGAGGAAGCACGUUGCGAAGCCGAAGGCACAGAUUCUGGUAUGAAGCGCAGUGAUGUUGUCACUUGGUAUUUGGAGCAAGUAGCCGACCAAAUUGAGUCCGAAGAAGAGCUUAUCUCGCGCAAACAUUUAAUUGAGAAAGUUAUUGAUCGCUUGAUAUACCACGAUCAGGUGAUUAUUCCUUUAAAGACAACCGAGUUGCGACAACCCGGCAAAAGUCCGCGGCGCACCGAGGAAGAGGUGGAGGAAACGGAUGAUCCACUAUUGGUCGUGCAUCCCAAUUACAUUGUCGAAUAACAAACAUGCAAGCAGGCAUUCACUUCAUUUCAACAUUUUUGCGCUUUGUCAAUUUAAUGUAAAAUAUAAUUAAGUUUUAUUUUGUUA